AUGCAGCAACACCAACAGCAUUCCGGUUACCUACUAUCUGCCGCGGCUGUGCCACCACGGCCGCCACCAGCAAUGGAUAUGUCAGGAGUGGAAGUGGGGCAAGUUUCUUAUCAGGAACAUAACGGCCAAGUCAUAAAUGCUGCCAAUGCCUCCGGAAGCUUUGCCAAUAUUGGGUUGAUGGAACAAAUACCCGAAAACAGGGAGAGGAAAUACAGAGGUGUUCGCCGGAGGCCGUGGGGCAAAUGGGCGGCAGAAAUAAGAGACCCCCAGAAAGCAGCUCGGGUAUGGCUCGGCACCUUCAACACAGCAGAGGAUGCUGCCAGAGCAUAUGAUGAAGCCGCCUUGAGAUUUAGAGGCCACAGGGCCAAGCUCAAUUUUCCUGAACAUGUGAGGAUAAAUCCGCCACUGCAGCCACCUCAGCCUCAUCAAAUGAUAACAACAGCUGCGCUUCCUUCCCAGCAGUUCUAUGAAACCGAAACCACUGCUGCCAGAGAUUAUUUGUUCGAGCAAAUGCUUUUUGAUUCACAGCAAUUGAACACUUCCUCUGCUUCACCAUUUUAUUCAUCAUCAUCUUCUUCUUCUUCUCCAUAUCCUCUGAUAUUCGAUUUCCCCAGCAAUGGGCAUUUAGUUGAUUUCCAGGCACUAGGACGUCAUCAAGUAACUCAAGAGAGCGGCAGCAGCAGCACAGAUUUCCCACCACCACCGAGGACAUCCUGCCACCAUCCUCCAUCCCCUCUUAAUUGAUAUUAACACAGACAUACACACACAACAUACAUAUAUAUACACAGCUUCAUGUAUGCAUACUAUAUAGCAGGAAAAAGAAAAAGAUAAAAGGGGUAAAUAUUCUGAUGUC